UAUACUACUUCCACUGCCAGCUGUUAUCAUUUGCCUUACUGUUGACAAAUUCAAAUAUAAUGUCCGUCGUUUUCCAACAAAUCUUUGCAGCAGCAGAGGUGACAUGAGGUUCUAUUCUAUAACACUUCCAAUGGAUGUACUAUUUGCUACUGGAGUUAUAAUGUUGAUUAUAGUUCUUUGGACUAUGAGAAAUAAAACAACUUUCUUGAAUAAAAAAAGUCAUACUAAGCUAAGCACUGCUGAGAAAAAAAUCCUAUUGGUUUUUACAGUUUUUACUAUUUUUGGUGCUUUUACUAUAGGGCAUGAAAGCAGCACAGAUGCAACAUCUGACAAGUUUGAAGCAGCUUUAGAAGAAUAUUUUGAAUGUGAAGCAUUUGGUCACAUCCCUGGAAAGUGUGACAGAGGAACAAUUGAAAAGAUCCGCAGGCCUUACUUCAGUGCUAUUGCAUACAUACUAAUGAGUUUGAUACCGUUGAGCAUUUUGAACUUCAUACUUAAGUGGAGCUCAGUUAAAAGUGCUAGAAAUAAAGUUGUAAAUUUGACAAAGAGGUGUUUCAGUUUUUUGCAUCGUGCCUGUGAAAGUGUUCCUGAUGAGUUAUCAUCAAAAUCAGAUAAAAGUACAAAUAGUAAGAACUCUGCUGUAUAACUUGACUUCACUUUAUGCUAAUAAUUUGGACCUUUAACUUCUGUGUGCCUAUAUGUGAUUGCUUUAUACCUGUUUUUUAGCAUUAAAAACUUCCUUAGUACUGAAACGAAAUGCUGAGUAA